UGUGAGUAAGAGUGGUGGGCUUUAUUGCUCCAGUGACCAUGUAAUUCUUGCAAAUGGCUGCACGUUGACUCUUGGCUCCAUUUGCUGAAUAAUAGAAUUACAUAAUCAUUAUGGACCUUAAUUGCACAGUGUAGGAUUCCUAUUGGAUUUGUAUUGUAUUGUGCAUAAUAAGUGCAGCUGUUUAGCUUAAGGGUAAAUAAAGGGCCAAAAAUAGAUCUAUUAGAAACCAUUCCCAUAUGGCACAUGAAUACAAGCCUCUGAGGCAUAUGCAUACAGCCAGAAAGAUGGUUAGAUUGGCAGCAGUGGGUUGCAUCUAACAAGCUAUUACUCAAGAGGAAAUUUUUAUUGAUAAUCAUCACUAAUGCACAUGUGUGCAGUAAACAUUAAUUAAGUGCCGUUCACGUCUCUUUUUAUUGCACCAAGCUCCACUUUGCCAGCGGUAACAGCAUCACCACGCUGCCUGCGCCUCGUGAUGUGAAAGGUUUCUCCUAUGGAUUUUAGUGAAACUGACCGAGAAAGAGAGAGAGAGAAAGAGAGAUGAUAGAUGGAGAGAUAGAUGAGACAGAGAGAGAGGCGGAGCAAGGCUUUUACUACGCUGUAUGGUGAGGAGGUUGGUAGUGAGGAGAGUAGUAGGAGAGGGGGCUGGAUGCUGACACAGUGCUGCUGGCAUGACGAGCUCGCUGUAAUCCUGAAGUGUCACGCAUCCUGACAGAAAAAAGAAGAGGGAAAAAAAACUGUUUGGAGAGCCACGGGGUACAGGAUUGGUUGGACAAUGUAUAUGUCUGGCGGCCCCCCAGGGGAGGAGCUCACAGAUGAGGAAAAGGAGAUCAUCAACAGUGUGCUGGCACGUGCGGCCACAAUGGAGGCCAUGGAGCAGGAGAGGAUUGGGCGUCUUGCCACUCGUCUGGAUAAUAUAAAGAAGACAGCGUGUGGUGAUGGGCAGUCACGCUGUUUGCUGUGCGGGGCGUCCUUUGAAGCCCAGAGGGUCACAGCUGUCCUUUGUGUCCAGUGCAAAAAGCACAUGUGUAGUAAAUGUGGGAUUUGGAGCAACAGCCGGUCAUGUCCUGUGUGGCUCUGCAGGAUCUGCAACGAACAACAAGAGAUCCAAAAGCGGUCAGGAGCUUGGUUCUUCAAGGGGCAGACCCAGCAUGCUCUGCCUGCCCCCCUCACUCUGUCCAGAGCUCGACAGUCCAGCACUGAGAGCAGCCCAGCGGUGCAGGAUGAACCACAGGAAGCUACGAGAGAUCAUCAGGGGCCAGGUACACAAACAGAACUCAGUACAGAACCACAACCACAGCAAUCCUGUGGAUCAGAACAAUGGGACUCAGAGCGGAGAGCAGGAGCAACAAUGGAGGACCAUAAUGAGAGUGGAUCCUGCCCAGCAGCUGUGGUGAAGAUGGAAAAACCAGCGUUAGCCUCCAAACCACUGAAGGCAAAUGUACAGGAGGCUGCACACACCCCAGAUGUGGAGAGCAGAAACUCAAAGAGGGAAGAGACAGUGCCUCCUGCAGCUGUGGAGGAAAAAAGACAACCUGUGGUCUCCAACUUCACUCCAGCACAGAUUCCUGCCUCCAGUUUUGCCCCACCAACUAAUCCUGUGGCCCGUAACACCGCUCCCCCACAACGCCCACCUGAUCAAGCAGAUGAAGAGGAUAAUGACUACGACUCAGAUGAUGCCACCACUCUGGGAUGUCUGGAGUUCAGCCUCCUUUAUGAACAAGAGAUCAAUGCCCUACACUGUUGUAUUGUCAAAGCUAAGGGUUUAAAGCCAAUGGACUCAAACGGGCUCGCUGAUCCCUAUGUUAAGCUGCACCUCUUACCUGGAGCCAGUAAGUCUAACAAGCUGCGCACCAAGACCCUCAAAAACACUCUGAAUCCUGUGUGGAACGAGACUCUGGUCUACCACGGCAUCACUGAUGACGAGAUGACACGUAAAACUCUCCGCCUUUCAGUGAGCGAUGAGGACAAGUUUGGUCACAAUGAGUUCAUAGGAGAGACACGUGUCGCCCUGAAGAAACUGAAGUUCAACCAGAAGAAGAACUUCAGUGUGUGUUUGGAGAGAGUGAUCCCGGUGAAAAAGGCUGUGGGAGGCCCGUCUCGAGGCAUGGCGCUCUAUGAGGAUGACUUGAAGGACGAUGAGGAUUCAGAGGAGAGGGGUCGCAUCCUGGUGUCACUGACCUACAACAGCCAGCAGAGCCGCCUAAUCGUGGGCGUGGUGCGCUGCGCCCACCUGGCCGCCAUGGACUCCAACGGAUACUCCGACCCCUUUGUCAAAGUAUGUCUGAAGCCAGAUAUGGGGAAGAAAGGCAAAAACAAGACACAAAUUAAAAAGAAGACUCUCAAUCCAGAAUUUAAUGAGGAAUUUGGCUAUGAAAUAAAACAUGGUGAAUUAGCCAAGAAAACGUUGGAUAUUUCAGUCUGGGACUAUGACAUGGGCAAAUCCAAUGAUUUCAUUGGUGGAUGCCAGUUAGGCAUCCAGGCUAAGGGAGAGUGCCUGAAGCACUGGUACGAAUGCCUCAAGAACAAAGACAAGAAGAUUGAGCGCUGGCAUGUUCUGCUGAAUGACAACACCGCUCAGUUUGAGGACUGAAACUUAAAAACCCUCUUAUAUAUUUAUUUUCUUUCUCAUUCAAUCUCCUUGUGACGUAUCCCUUCGUCUUCCAGUGGACCAGGGGUAAUAAAAGGAUCCUCUUGAUUUGUUGCAAAGAGCAAUGUGCAUGCCGCAUCUCCAACAGUUUUUAGCUGGUCCAGAGUGGAUGUCGACCUCAGGGCUCUGUGUCCUGUGGAGUGACUGAUAACUGAAUCCAGGAAGCUGCCUUUAUUAUGCACCUGGUCCAUUAUUGUUUGUCAUUUUCAGUGUCACCAUAUACCUCUAUGUCAUAUCGUUACCCUACUUUUAUCUCAGAUUUGGCAGUGACUUGAUAGAGUGAUUAUCAGAUUUUAUGCAGAAAAUAAAAUCCUUGAUAUCAUUAGACAGUUUGCUUUUAUGAAGUGUGCCUCCAAGCUCAGACCCAACAGAGGAAAAUCCACUUCCCAUGUCUCUGACCUCCUUUCCCAUGUUGCUCUGUGCUCUUAUCAUAUGAGAUCAUAUACUGUGUUAAAAACAGAUCUGUGCGACUGCUUUGAUGUAGUGCUUACGUUAUCAAAAUAUAUUCAUUUCAUGUGUCAUUGUGAAUGCUUAAUACUCUAUGGGACAGUUAUGGAUGUUACCAGAUUAAUGUGAAUAAACACCGUUGAUAAUGUGAAAAAGCGUUGCAUUUGAAGUGCACUAACUUAGGAUACAGGUUGGUCCUUCCACCGUCAACAAUAUCACCACAUCGCCUUCUCCUCUGCAUGUGUGAGCUCUCUUUAUUAUAGAGGAACUGUAAUACCUGUAAGUGCAAGUGCAUGGCAUUUUAUUAUAAUGGACAACUAUAAACAAAGUACUGGUUUGUAAAGGUUAUGGAAAGUUCCUCUCUUGACGUAUUGGGGUGAUGAAUGCUAAUGCAGUCUGUGUUGUUCCUUCAACUGGAAAAAUCCACAUUUUCCACUCUCUGUAUUCAUCCCAUUGCAUGUUCAGUCAGGCUUGUACGGAAGCAUA